AUGGAGCCAGGCUCAAGCUCAAGUUCAAGCCCAAGCCGGAGCCAGCCCCACUUCGUCUUGGUUCCACUGCUGGCUCAAGGCCACAUGAUCCCCAUGAUCGACAUGGCUCGGCUCUUCGCCCAGCACGGUGCCGCCGUCACCCUCGUCACCACCCCUCACAAUGCCUCCCGCUUCGGCUCCACCAUUGCCCGAGCCCGCGGCUCCGGCCUCUCCAUCCACCUCCUCCAACUCCCAUUUCCCGCCGUGAUUCCGGCUUCCCAGGGGCCCUGCGAAAAUCUCGACUCCGUCCCCUCGCCAGACCUCAUCAGAAAAUUCUACGCCGCCAUGGACGGGCUCCAAGAGCCGCUCGAGAACCACCUCCAGAAGCAGCAGCCACCGCCAAGCUGCAUCGUCUCCGACAAGUGCCUCUACUGGACGGCUAAAACAGCUCACAAGUUCAAAGUUCCCAGGCUCGUCUUCCAUGGCAUGGGCUGCUUUUCGCUGCUCAGCUCGCAUAACAUAAAGCUCCAUAAUUCCCACAGUUUAGUUGUUUCCGACAGAGAGCCUUUUCCGGUGCCGGGAAUGCCGAGAAAGUUCGAGAUAACCAGGGCGCAGCUGCCCGGCGCGUUCGUUUCCAUGCCAGACCUGGACGAUAUCCGGGACCAGAUGCGCCAGGCCGAAUCGUCUGCUUACGGGGUGGUGGUGAAUUCCUUCGCCGAGCUGGAGCAUGGCUGCGUCGAAGCGUAUGGGAAGGCAAUAGACAAGAAGGUGUGGUGCAUCGGGCCGGUUUCUCUCUGCAACAAGCAGAAUCUGGACAUGUUUGAGAGAGGCAACAAGCCUUCAAUCGAUGAACAGAAGUGCAUUGCAUGGCUGGACUCAAAGCCACAAAGCUCUGUCCUUUAUGCUUGCCUUGGCAGCCAAUGCAGGCUGGUUCCAUCACAGAUGGUGGAGCUUGGGCUGGGAUUGGAAGCUUCAAAACACCCUUUCAUUUGGGUAAUAAAAACUGGGGAAAGGUUUCCAGAGCUGGAGAAGUGGUUGGUGGAAGAGAAUUUUGAGGAGAGGAUUGAAGGGAGGGGGCUUUUGAUCAAAGGAUGGGCUCCCCAGCUUCUGAUUCUGUCCCAUCCUUCAAUCAAAGGGUUCUUAACUCACUGUGGAUGGAAUUCUACGAUUGAAGGGUUGUGUUCUGGAGUGCCAAUGCUGACUUGGCCCAUGUUUGCAGAGCAAUUCUUCAAUGAGAAGCUGGUGAAUGAGAUCUUGAGGAUUGGGGUUCGGGUUGGCGUGGAGGUCCCGGUUAGGUGGGGAGAUGAGGAGAAGCUAGGGGUGUUGGUGAAGAGAGAUGAGGUGAAGAGGGCCGUGGAGAGGCUGAUGGAUGGGGGAGAAGAAAGAGAUGCCAUGGCAAAGAGAGCACAAGAGCUUGGUGCAAUGGCAAGGAGAGCCAUGGAAGAUGGAGGAGCUGCUCAUUUCAACAUUGCAGACUUGAUUCAGGAUGUAAUCAGUAGACAAGCCUGCCAAGAAAAAGGCUAGGCCUUGGAAAAAGGAAGAAAGAUAGAAAGAAAGAACUUAACCUCCUAUCUUUCUAAGUCCUUUCUGGUUUUGUCUUUACUACUCUUUUUAUUUGAUCUUAAUUAGUAGUCUUUAAUUAGUAGUCUACAACAAAGUUAUAUAGUCGACCGAGCAAAAUACUGUUAUAUAUAGUAGAUUGAGUGUUUUCCACAUCGAAAAUAUGUACCAAACUACACCCCCCUGAGAGUGUUAUAAAAGAGCCUCUUGAGUUUUCAAUUAGAUGUAAUCAAUCCUUAAGCAAGAGUACUUAAGAGGAUUAUAAAUACAAAGUUUUUCUUGUAA